UCGAACAAAUAAACAUCGAAAACCUUCGUCCUGCGUCCUCCGGCGAUUGAAUUAAACUCAUAACUAGUUUCGCGCACGAGUUUCUCUAAAACGUAAACGAAGGCUUUAACGCUGAACUGUUCGCAUUCACCAAAAAUGCGCGUGUGAGAGAUAGAUAAUUCCCCGGUGAUUGUACGUGUUUUCGGUUAAAGUGGUCGGUUUAAAGUUAAAGUAUUCUCGUGCCUCGCCACCGAUUCACGUUUCGCUCACAGUUUGAUUCCGAAAGUGAUAAGAGAAAGUGCUGUGUGCGAUGUUUGCAAAAUGAGGAAAAGAUCAUUGGCCUACUGAGCAUACGCACUCAGUCGAAACUUCCCCCUGCGAUAAGGAGGGAAAUUGUGUUGGUUUUUUAUACGUGUGACGUGUUAUGCUGCAGUGCCUACCAGCUGAUACAUACCUUUCUUCAGGUGUGUUGCCUUGGAAAUUGUGCUGUAUGCGGUUUACUAUUGAUACUGCUUGGUCACUGUGAAUACCGUUCGAAGCGCCACUGGCUGGCGGUUUCUCUCCACUUUUGGCGUGUUGAUUGAUCGAUCGUGAAAAAGGCAUCGUGUGGUGAAUUUCGCGGCAACGCAACGAAGAAGAGCGUGAAUCUAUGGACGUUGCAUUAUUAGCGAGCGAAGAAAAGAAAAACGCAUACAGCAAACAGCAGUCAUGGCGCAGGCCGUAACAACGACCGAACAGUCCCGGAAGAAUGUGGAGUUCAUUGUAAAAAAUCUGUUCGCUGGAGGUGUGGCCGGAAUGUGUUCGAAGACGGCCGUAGCCCCACUCGACCGGAUUAAGAUCCUGCUGCAGGCGCACUCGAUCCACUACAAACAUCUGGGAGUGUUCAGUGGGCUGCAGCAUAUCGUGAAGAAAGAGUCCUUCUUUGCCCUCUACAAGGGCAACGGUGCUCAGAUGGUACGGAUAUUUCCGUAUGCUGCCACUCAGUUUACCGCCUUUGAGAUGUACAAAAAGUACCUCGGAAAGGUGCUUGGCCCGAACUUGCCGAUCAAGCACGCGGAUAAGUUUGUCGCCGGAGCAUCGGCUGGAGUAACGGCCGUAACUUUGACGUACCCGCUCGACACGAUACGAGCCCGACUUGCAUUUCAGGUGACCGGAGAACACCGGUACAACGGGAUUGUACACACAGCUUUAACCAUCUUCAGGACGGAAGGUGGAGUUCGCGCCCUGUACCGCGGCUUUGUGCCCACGCUGAUGGGGAUGGUACCCUACGCCGGAUUUUCGUUCUACUGUUUCGAGAUGCUAAAGUUUGUCUGCAUGAAGUACGCACCGGGAGUGACGUGUAAGAAGUGUGAUCGAAACACCGGCGGGCUGGUUCUUUGCGUGCCGGCCAAACUCCUGUGCGGAGGAUUUGCCGGGGCCGUGGCACAGUCCUUCUCCUAUCCGCUGGACGUGACCCGAAGGCGGAUGCAGUUGGCCAUGAUGAACCCGGAGACGGCCAAAUUCGGCAUGGGUAUGUGGAAAACGUUAUCCAUCAUCUACAACGAGAACGGCAUCAUCCGGGGCCUAUACCGAGGGAUGUCGAUCAACUAUCUACGCGCCAUUCCCAUGGUGGCCGUAUCCUUUUCGACCUACGAAGUGCUGAAGCAAGCGCUCAAGCUGGACACGGGCAUGAAAAUAUAACCUGCGCCCAAGUGCGCAUCACCACCACCACCACAACCUUACCAGCUUACCUCCAGGGGGCUGUAGCCCUUCCGGCCUGCAGACCGGCUGCAGAUGGCCCGAGCCCCGACUCAUAAUCACCGACAGUGGCCAGUGAGGCGCGUUUGAGGUGACGAUGUUUUAAUGCUUUGUUUUUUAUUUUUUCAACACUGUUAGAUUGUUCGUUUCAUUGUGCACCGAGAUGUGACCGUUCUUGUUUAGGGACCCGAUACGAUAUGCAAACCGAAGAUCAAUGGGGCUUCCAAUAUACUUAUUUAUUUGUGUUGACAUCCCUUCGCCGCCAUUCAGUACAUCAGUGAUGUAUGGAUGAACGACGUGGUGUGAUUGGCAUUCUCCCUUAAGAAAUCGAACAAAAUUAGGCGAACAACUUCUGAUAAGAAUACGAUCUGGUGUCGUGUCGUGCUUUUCAUGUUUGUACUUAAAACUAGCAGAAAGAUCACCCAUGUCAGCUUUGAGUAGGGAACGAUUUUUUCAUUGACCUUUAUUCAGUUAAUAAACGGUUUUAUGAGGAUCCGAAACGCAAAAGCAAUGGAGAGCCGUUACUUUUUUCUUGCCGAGCAGAUUGGCUGCGUGGACGGAAUGUGGAGGUUGUAGAAUUAGUAGCAUACUACUCUUAAGGCCGACAAAUGACAAUUAGAUAAAGACUGUGCGAUUUUUACCACUAUCACUCCGUUCUAUGCAUCGCGUCGCGGCACUGUUAGGCUGCAAGCAUUUUCUUUCUUAACGAACCUACUUAAGACUACUACACCACAUAUGUUGAGGACUGGGAACGAAUGAAUAAA